CUGGCUGACCUCACCACCUUUCAUUGUGCAUUAAGCCUGACUUCUAUUUUAGUACCACUGACUAUUGAAGAAAGGGUAGGAGUCCCAAAGGGAACCUAUGAUUUUGAACAUUCUCUACAGAGCUAAGAAAAGUCAAGGAAUGUGUAAAUAUAUAUGAUGUGCAGUCUAAAGCAGGUUAGGAUUCUUCCAAAAUAUUGUGACUCCAAAGGAGAAGCUUUUUUUUUUUUUUUUUUUUUUUUUUUUACAUUUUGGAAGGUACAGCUUUUGAUUGCCAAUCACUAUAACAAAAAAGGUAGAGAAUGAGGCCAUACAUUUUCUUUCUAAGGGUAUAAUAGAGGUCUAAAUAACAUAUGGAGACCUCUACCUUCCUGGAGAAUGAAUGUCAAUGAACUCCUAGGCAGAAGAAUGACGUGGGAAAACUGGACAAUUGUCAGUGAGUUUGUUCUUGUGAGCUUUUCAACCUUGUCUUCUGAGCUACAAGCUCUACUGUUUCUCCUUUUUUUAACUAUUUACCUGGUUACCCUAACGGGCAAUGUUCUCAUCAUCUUAGUCACUACAGCUGACUCAGCUCUACAAAAUCCUAUGUACUUCUUCCUCAGGAAUUUGUCCUUCCUGGAGAUAGGCUUCAACUUGGUCAUUGUGCCCAAGAUGCUGGGAACUCUGAUCAUCCAAGACACAACCAUCUCCUUCCUUGGCUGUGCCACUCAGAUGUAUUUCUUCUUCUUCUUUGGGGCUGCUGAGUGCUGCCUCCUGGCCACAAUGGCAUAUGACCGCUAUGUAGCCAUCUGUGACCCUUUGCGCUACCCAAUCAUUAUGAGCCGCAGAGCCUGUGCCCAGCUAGCAGCUGCCUCCUGGUUCUCAGGUUUUCCAGUGGCCACCGUGCAAACCACAUGGAUUUUCAGCUUCCCUUUUUGUGGCCCCAACAGAGUGAAUCAUUUUUUCUGUGAUAGCCCCCCUGUCAUUGCACUGGUGUGUGCUGAUACCUCUCUGUUUGAACUGGAGGCUUUGACAGCAACUGUCUUAUUCAUUCUCUUCCCUUUCUUGCUAAUCCUGGGGUCCUAUGUCCAAAUACUCUCCACUAUCUUCAGGAUGCCAUCAGCUGAGGGGAAACGCAAGGCCUUCUCCACCUGCUCCUCCCACCUUCUGGUUGUCUCCCUCUUCUACAGCACUGCUAUCCUUACAUACUUCCGACCACGAUCCAGCACCUCUCCUGAGGGCAAGAAACUGCUAUCACUGUCCUACACAGUGGUGACUCCAAUGUUGAACCCCAUCAUCUACAGCUUAAGGAAUAGUGAAGUUAAGGCUGCACUGAAGCGAGUCAUCCACAGGACCCUGGGCCCUCAGAAACUAUGACUGACUGUGAUGCCAACCAAAUGAGUGGAAUGCAAGGAGAUAGGAAAGGACUCCUCAAGUAUG